AUGCAAGUCGAGCGAAAACGAUGCCGCUCGACGAGACACCAAGCCCAAGCCGAGUUGGCUGCGACUCUAAGACGUGCGCCAACUCCGGCCAGCUCACCAAAGCGGACUCGACUAAGGCAGGCACUUGCUGCAGUCUGCACAGAGCACUGGCGAUCCCAAGGCCGCCAUGCCCUCCAUGCCCUGCGGCCAUGCUCCGGCCCUGGUCAACAGCGGCUCUUGUUCGAUUUUUUCCCUCGUCACCCUGCCCUCUCCCUCGCACGCGCAUUAGGUGCGCUGCAGGAACUCGACAGGCACAAUCGAGAUUGGGCGACACUGGCCGUGAAGCGCUUCUCUUGGGCUCGUGGGGCGAGCAGACAAAAGUCGUCCGUUGGAGUGUCGUCGCCGGCGGUUCCACUGCCAUCGUUGAGCCCUCGUUGGUCCGCCGCUGGCCAGCACCGCAAUCGUACCAGCGCAGAGCGAGCACAAUGCGCGAAUCACGGCUCAGAGCGCCUUAGACGGCCUGCGUGUGCCAGACACCCGGCCAUCCAUCUUCUCGGCAGCCUCACGCCUCUUGGGCGCAGACCGACAGACCGACAUUUAGGUCCCGGGCCAUUUCAGUUGGCAGCAGAUCAUUUUCUCUCCCUGGUCUCGCCCUGGCCCUCGCCCUCUUCCCGAAUGGCCUCAUGCCUAGGUAGAGAUAGCCGUGGGUACGGUACAGUGUGCACUUGCUUCUCCUUGCAUCGUGACCAGAUCCCCUACGAAAAUUUUCCCCUUCCACUCUCCGACCCCCUGCCACAGAGCAAGCAUGGGGAUUUACAAGAGGCGACCGUCUUGUUGGCCCCCUCCCUCGUCUGCGUUUGCCUCUGCGACCCUGGCCCGUUGACACGUCCAUCCGAAACCCCUUGCCAUUCUGGUCUCAGGUUGGCCAUCCUGGGUCGCCAAGCCAGCAAGGGUACCAAUGAGCGCGCGGGGGUUUGA